AUGGCACGUGCAGGCUAUGUUGGGCAGGAUGAGCUGCCAAGGCAUCCUUUACACUGCGAAAAUCUCCAUACUUCGUCAGACUGUUCGCCUUCUCCCAUUAGUUCAUCAGCUCAGUCUCCGGUCAAUGUUGGGGCCGUCCGACCCAGCUCCGCGUCGUUAUCAGACAGCAACGAGGCAGAUUCUGGCAAAGUCCCAUCUUCUGGUCCAGAGAGGUCAAAGUCCAUCAGCGGCGUAGGUGCCAAGUGGGAAAGAGAGAAGCGGAAGCGUUCACGUGUCACUCCUGAACAACUUAUCCAUUUGGAACGCUUCUUUUCGAUGGACAGAAGCCCCACCGCAGCGAGGAGGAAAGAAAUCAGUGAUUUGUUGGGCAUGCAGGAACGACAAACACAAAUAUGGUUCCAAAACAGACGCGCAAAGGCCAAAUUGCAAGAUGGCAAGAAGGGUCGAGGGGACGGCGCUGAAACCCCACCAGAUACUCCCCCAGAAUUGGCGACCGGAUAUGAAGCAGAGUUACAUAGCCUCAUACAUGAAGACGAACCGGUGACUAUCAUUCCAUGUAAUGAUUUGUCUAUAGGGACGUGGCGUCGUAUUGCAACCGCUGUAGGGAAGCAUGAUCUCGUGGCCUACCUGUGUGAUGGCAAGCGGUGCUUGACGUGGUUCAUCCACUCGGCGGGCUAUGGCUUUAAGAUGGAAAUUCCUUUCGAUAUUAUCGUUCAUACAGAAUUUACCAACGCGGCGCCAGGCUCAGGACUGGCUUCAUUUAUCCUUUCACAACCGCCAACUUUUUACCUCGAGUCCUUCUCCAGUCCUGGGCCUACCCGGCAGUGGAAAAAAUGUGCGGAUUGGACGGAAGGACAACAAGCCACUAAGAUCCUGCGUCAUGACUUGAUAGGUUCAGCGGUACAGCUUGCACACCUUCUGCGUCAUCUGAAUGCCCAUGCUUCUGGGUCGGAUAUUCGUCUUCAUUCACCGUCCUAUUACUCCCAGGAACCACCGCCACCUCUCAUGGAAGUCCCCCAACCUCCCAUGGCAGUUUUAACAGGACCCGCAUACCCGUACGGUGGAGAUGUCAGCGACUCUAGAAGGGCAGAAGGUCCUGUCCACAUAAGGAGAAGAUCCUUUUCAGGUGGUACCAUGCAAUUGAGUCACAUGCAUCGCCCUAGUCACCAGCCUCUCGCUGUGGACUUGCCUGCCAAUCCGACCCCAGGGCCACACUCAGCCCCGUACGCUUCAUCAUCCUUCUCACCGUAUUCUAACCGUAAUCACCCGUCCAUCCACCUAUCGUCUCAUUCACCGAUGUUCUCGGAAUAUGCAAACUCCGCGUCAUCGCAUAGUGCAUCGCAACAAUCUCAAUCCCCAGUCGAUUACGGUCCAACCGAUACCCAUAGUGUCCCCCCACGUUCCUAUUCAUCCGCACCAGUGCAUCAUAUGUAUGAUGGCACUAUGUCGAUGACUUCUCCAUACUCUAGCAAUGGACCAACCCCUAGUUCCUCUUCCCAGACACCAUUCGUUUCUCCUUCGCCGCCGUUAUUGACAACUCCAUUUUAUCCUCCCACAAAUGACUACAGCACACGAGGCUGA